CACAUAUCGGCUCUUCAUCUCAAAGCCGAGAUGAUUUUGAUACCGCUCAUACGGGUUACCAAAAGGAGUGAUGGUAUGGCUAUGUCCGACGAACAACUAGAACAAGAAUUGGCCCGACAUAAUAGCCGCUUUUUCCAACCACAACAAUUCCCGACGACCAUUGACGAAGAAGAGCUCGGGGACGAUGAUGUGGAGGAACUAGAACCGGAGAUGCCCGAGGAGGAGGGUGGCGGAAGCCACGACGCCGACAAGUUUGGCUCAUCCCAAACCGGUACGAAAAAAAGUAAAUCCGAACUAAUGCUUAAUAAUUUUGAUAAGUGGAAGGACCCGAACACCGGGAAUUGGAACGCAACUUGCAAGUGGUGCAAAAAAAAUUAUAGCUUGGGGAUUUCCGGCGGAUACGGAUCCGCCGCAAGGCAUCUUAAGGCCAAACACAAGGCGGAGUGUGCAAAAUUAGGCGGCGGAACGGGGAAGCAAACUCAAAUAUCGAGAUGAUGAAUUUGACGUUCUAAACUGGUGGAAGGGAAAAGAAAGAAUGUUCCCAGUUUUAGCAAAGAUGGUUAAGCAAGUGCUAUCAAUGCCGGUUUCAACAGUUGCCGUGGAACAAGAAUUUAGUUCGGCCGACAACGUCCUAACGCAAUCUAGAACGAGCUUGAGCGUAGAAUCUCUUGAGACACUUAUAUGCUACCACGAUUGGUUGAAGGCGGCCCGUAGAGCUCAAGAAAUAAGCAUCACCCCCUCCCAACACUUUAUGGAUGAAUCAACAACCGAUGGUGGCUCUACCUAUGCCGGAG